CCAUCGCCUGAAACAGAUCCAAAAAGAAAGGGGUUAGUUGGCAGUCAAGGGCGCAAAAGGAUGGAUUCUAGUUUGCUGCUACUGCUGUCGGUAUUACUAGCGGGUGCGACGCAAGAGGCUCGGUCGUACGUCGUCUACGGAAAUGGGGCAACAUCCGAAAGGAACCUCCCACUAUGCAGUGGACCUCGCGAGGCAUGCAAUAUUAUUCGUCAGCGUUUCUGGCUCUCUCCCCUUAUACACAGGCUUUGUAAAUGCCCUGACCUGACAGACUGCCUCUCAGACUGGAAACAAGAUCAAGACAAAAGAACAGUAGCCUUCAAUGCUAGAGCUCAACUCAAAUUUUGCAGCCAAGUUGGAGAGCUAGAGCACUGCAAAGGCCAAAGAACCAUUGCAGCAGAAAUACGUAACAAUGGCACAGUAAGCAUCCAAUGUUAUUGCAGCCAAGGCCAUUAUUUCCAAAAACUACAUAAUAAUGCAACAGGCCAAUAUUUUGCUUGUUUACCAUUAGCAUCUUGCAAAAUAGGAGAUUUCUGUGGACAUAUAACAUCUGGUUCCUAUGAAACCUAUCAUAUAUGUACAUGCCCUCCAAGGAACAUCUGUGUUCUUCAGAACAGAAAAUUAGAAUAUGCAAAUGAGUUUUUGUAUCAAGGACAAGCGUAUAAAGGAUUUUGUACACCUAUUGAAACUGUCAGAAAAUGAAGAAAUUAAAACUUUUUAACUAGAAA